AUGUCAGAGGCCGCAUCAUUCGACGCUGCAUCGGAUGUCGACGGCAGCUUGACACUGUCGGUACUACGCCUAAUAAUCAAAACUGUCGACGGUUUGAGUAACGCAGCGAGCGUCAAUCUGCUUUCGUCGAAAUCGUCUCCGUAUCGCGCGCCAGCAGGUACCGUAUCAGAGCGUAAGGAAGUAUCCGUUAAACGAGCGCCAAGUCAAACAAAGCCGACACCCUUCGCUCCCGUGUUGCUCGCUACCGCUUGGGGAUUAGCGCUCGCAGAUCCCGAUCCCUCCAGCAAGAAGUCAAUUAACGUUUUGAUCGGAGCUGAUCUAUACGAUCAACUAUUAAUCGGGCCCAUUAAAAAGAGGCCGCUCGGGUCACCCACAGCCCAACUUACCACGUUGGGGUGGAUUAUAUCGGGUCCUACCGACGACCCUCGCGAACCGCGAGCAGAACGCACAUCCGCGAUUCACUAUGCGAUCGCGCAAAAUACGGAUGCAUUGAUUCGCAAAUUCUGGGAAAUUGAGGAAGUCCCCACGCAAAGAUUCCUCACUCAGGAUGAGGAAGAGUGCGAACGCCACUUCGUGGAGACCCAUACACGCGACACUACAGGGCGUUACAUUGUACGCUUACCGCUUCGUCACAGAUCGCCUCUCGAGAUUGGUGACAGUCACCAAAUCGCGCUGUCUUGGUAUGCUCAGCAGGAACAACGUUUAAAAGAAAACCGGAACUCGCGCGCGCCUAUUCCGAGUUUUUAA